GGAAAAUUAGAAGAAAGAAUGAAACAAAAUUGCCAUGGUACACUAAGCACUAGCUAAAAGCUAAGGGACAGGUCAUAACUAAGAGGAGAGUCACGUGGGGAUCACGUGAGAAAGCGUCGACGAUUUCCAGUUUUCCACGCCUACUCCUCGCUAGCUUGCUUCAUUUCCUUGUUCCCUCCAUCCUUAUCCCUUCAAAUCGCCGGUCCAAGCUUCACCGGAUUCCUACCAAUCCUAAUUUUUUUACUUUCCACUCCAAAUUUCCUCAGAUCCCUUCGAAAUCCAGUCUACCCGGUCAAUGAGAACUCAAUGAUUUACAAAUGAGGGUCAAUCCAAGUUUCUUCUCUUGCUGUGCUUUAACCUUUGUACCUUUUGCUGUUACUAAGGAAUUACAUUCCAUGUAUUCAUUUUGAGCUUUUGUGUGCUUUUGAUGGUAAAAGGGAAAAUUCUUAGUAAUUGAUUUGUUUUAAAGAUUAUGGUUCGUGGAAGAGAUGCCUGCUGGGAGCAUUGUGUUCUUGUGGAUGCAACAAGACAGAAGGUAAGGUGCAAUUAUUGUCACCGGGAAUUCAGUGGAGGGGUUUACAGGAUGAAGUUUCAUCUAGCUCAAAUAAAAAACAAGGAUAUAAUCCCUUGUGCUGAAGUCCCUGAUGAUGUCCGAGACCAUAUACAAAGUAUAUUAAACACUCCCAAGAGACAAAAAACUCCCAAGAAACCAAAGGUGGAUAAGGCAGUAGCAAAUGGCCAACAGAAUAGUUCCUCUGCUAGUGGUGGUCUCCAUCCUAACCAUGGAUCUAGUGGGCAGCAUGGCAGCACCCGUCCAUCUUUGUUGUUUCCGCAUCCGUCACCUAGUGAUCAGGUGGCAGUUGAUGAUGCUCAAAAGCAAAAGCAGGAUGAUGCUGACAAAAAAAUUGCUGUGUUUUUCUUCCAUAAUUCUAUUCCAUUUAGCGCUGCUAAAUCCAUGUAUUAUCAGGAAAUGGUGGAUGCUAUAUCAGAGUGCAAUGUUGGUUACAAAGCCCCAAGUUAUGAAAAGUUGAGAUCUACCCUCUUAGAAAAAGUGAAGGGUAAUUUACAUGAUUGCUAUAAGAAAUAUAGAGGUGAGUGGAAAGAAACUGGUUGCACUGUCUUGUGUGAUAGCUGGUCUGUUGGUAGGACAAAAUCGUUUGUUAUAUUUUCAGUCACUUGUCCAAAAGGGACACACUUUUUGAAGUCAGUUGAUGUCUCAGGUCAUGAGGAUGAUGCUAGCUACUUAUUUGAAUUGCUUGAAUCUGUUGUCUUGGAGGUUGGUUUGGAAAAUGUAAUACAGGUGAUAACAGAUAGUGCAGCCAGUUAUGUUUAUGCAGGAAGGCUUCUCAUGGCCAAGUACAGUUCAUUGUUAUGGUCUCCUUGUGCUUCUUUUUGUAUUGAUAAGAUGUUGGAAGACAUUAGUAAACAAGAGUGGGUGGGCGCUGUGUUGGAGGAGGCAAAGAGCAUUGUGCAAUACAUAUACAGUCAUGCAUGGAUUUUAAAUAUGAUGAGGAAGUUCACUGGCGGAAGGGAAUUAAUGAGGCCCAGGAUUACAAGAUUUGUAGCUAAUUAUCUUACCUUGAGGUCCAUUGUGAUUCAAGAAGACAAUUUGAAGCACAUGUUCUCUCAUUCAGAGUGGUCAUCAUCCAUUUAUAGUAGACGUUCUGAUGCUCAGGCUAUUAAGUCAUUAUUGUAUUUAGAAAGAUUUUGGAAGUCUGCACAUGAAGCCGUUAGUAUGUCUGAACCACUUGUUAAGAUCCUACGGAUUGUUGAUGGUGACAUGCCGGCUAUGGGCUAUAUAUAUGAAGGAAUUGAGAGGGCAAAAGUUGCAAUCCGGGCAUAUUAUAAGGGUAUUGAAGAAAAAUACAUGCCAAUCUGGGAUAUAAUUGAUCGGAGAUGGAAUAUGCAACUUCACUCACCAUUACAUUCUGCAGCAGCAUUCCUGAAUCCUUCAAUUUUCUAUAACCCAAACUUUAAGAUUGAUUUAAGGAUGAGGAAUGGGUUUCAAGAAGCAAUGCUUAAGUUGGCUACAACAGAUAAAGAUAAAAUAGAAAUCACAAAGGAACAUCCCGUGUACAUAAAUGCACAAGGUGCUCUAGGGACUGAUUUUGCUAUCAUGGGGCGGACCCUGAAUGCUCCAGGUGAUUGGUGGGCAAGCUACGGUUAUGAGAUUCCCACACUACAAAGAGUGGCAAUAAGGAUAUUGAGCCAACCUUGUAGUUCUCAUUGGUGCAGAUGGAACCGGAGCACCUUUGAGAGCAUACAUACAAAGAAACGCAACAAAGUGGAGCUGGAGAAAUUCAAUGAUUUGGUUUUUGUGCAUUGCAAUCUUUGGCUACAGGCCAUUUGUCAAAGCAGGAAUGGGAAAUGUGAACCCAUCAUCUUUGAUGAAAUAGAUGUUAGUUCAGAAUGGCCCACUGAAUUGGAAUCUUCUGCCCCUAUGUUGGAUGAUUCAUGGUUGGAUAAUUUGCCCCUGGAAUGCAGAGGUAGUCCUUAAACAUUUUUUGGGGGGAUAUGUGCAUGGUCAAAUAUUUAUGAAAGUAAAAAUGGAUACUAAAUAUCCAAUUACUGAUUGUUUAUUGUUUACAUGGUGUUUGAAUAUGUACAUGGUCAAAUAUUUAUGGAUACGCUGCCUGAUCAACAAUAUUAUAGUUGCGGUGGCUAGAAUAUGUAGAUUAACAUGGCCAAAUUCUUCUAUGAUUAUUCAGGGGCAGGAAUAUAUAGUUUUAGUCUUUGACAAUAUAUCCUCUUAAUCCCUGGAAACAUUUCCUUCAUGUUUUAGUAUUUCUGUCUCAUUUGUCAUAGCCACUCAAUUUUACCAAUGA